UUCCCCCUCCCAACGUUUAAUCUGAUUGGUCAUUUCUAAACCAGACACUAGCAAACUGAUUGGUUGGACCGAAACCUUUCCAACCAAUCGCGCGGCUAUUGUCUUUCGUUGUGUCGCAGGAUGCGCGGAUAGCAAAUGAGAGCUAUGCCGGCAUUGGGCCUUUUUCCCCUCUUCCUCCCUCUCUUGUUCACGUCCGGCGUGGACUGGCUGGGCCUGAAUUCCCUGCACCAAUCAGGGCCCGGAUAGCUCUGGCUGGUGUCGGCGUCAGUGGGAGGCAGAAGAGAGCGAGGCUGCGAUUGGAUGAGAGUGGUUGGGCUAGCGAUUUUGAAUUUCAGGGACGUUGCCCGGAUGGAUGGGCAGGUAUAAAGCAAACAAAAGGAAGUUUGUCUUCAUGAAGCACAUCGUCAACCUGGGAAGUCUUUGCCUGAGGAUGUUGUGAAGAUCAGGACUUUAAGAGGGUUCAGAAAAGAAGUAGAUAAAUUUAUGGAGGACAGAUUCAUCGAAGGCUGUAAGCCAGGAUGGAAAUAAUGGCAAAGUACAAGCAACGCCGGCGGAAGCUGCGGGCCCGGGCAAAACUUCUAGUGAACAAGAAAGGCGAUAUCACUAAAGUGCGGUGCUUGAAUCCUCUCCCUCAAAGGUUAUUGAAUGGUCUUCCUCCAGAUUCUCCCCACAGCCAAAGUAGCACCUUCUCAGUCUGGCCGUUAGUCCUUCCCAGUGUAAAGAAUGCAGUAAGGCCCCUGGCAAUGACAGCAUCGUCUUUGUACUGGUGGUGCCAGAACAGUGUUGCACAGAGUUUUGAAGUAAUCAAAGACGCCAUAUUUCCUUCGAGACUCUACCUGCGGCAACUGAACAUGCUGAAGCAACAGGUGGAAAAGCUGGAAACUGAAUUUUCCAGAUUACAAGGUGUGAUCCAGAUGAAUGGGACUGUUGUUAGUUCCUCAGAAAGCUCUCCUUGCCGAAGGUGUGAUAAGCCAUUACUAGCUGUUCCUGUUCAUGCACAGAUCGGUGUGGCAGACCCAAUAUCCCUGCCUUGUGCAGGAGUGCCGCAACCUGCAUCGGUUCCCCAUCCUCCACCUCCACCACCUCCUCCUCCUCCUCUGCCACCACCACCUGCACCUGUCCUACUUAAAAAGGGCAAUGGGACAAAAGCACUUCAGGCUACAUCAGUAAAAGAUGGGCCCAUACAAAUCACUCUCAAGGAUCUCCUGAACGUGAAACUAAAGAAGAUACAGAAUUACACAAAAACAGGCCAGGCAGGCUCACCGGUCAAGCAGCACAGGGCAUUAAUUACAGUCUCAGAUUUACAAAGCAUCAAUCUGAGACCUAAAUCCAAGCUGCCACCAGCUCCUAUUACAAAUCUCUUAAUUACUCCCAGCAAAAAUCAAAUAGACCUUAGAAAACAUCUUAAGAAAGUCAAUAUUCAGAGGAGUCCUGGUGGAACUCCAUUGACUAACAAAGAGAACAUGGAAACCGGCACAGGAUUGACACCAAUAAUGACACAAGCACUGAGGCGCAAAUUUCAGCUGGCUCACCCAAAGACUCCCUCUCCAGCUCGGUUACAUAAUGCAAACAGCUUUGAUGAGCAGAACUAGACCUGUGCUGCAAUGUUUUUAUAUCAAUUGAGGGUCAGUAGCUACUUGUCUAACCCCAGUUUUAUAUCACUAAGAGGUAAUGAAUUUGCAACUUUAAGUUUAGCACACAUAAAGUGCCGUUUUUGUUGUCCUCAAGAAGUAAAGCCUUCCCCCGAGGGUCCUUCUACAGUGCCUCAAUUUUGACUCUGGAAUACCUCUUUGAAGUCUGAGAAGAGAAUAAAGUCUCAUUGG